AUCAGUUACGCAAACAGCCAAUAGGACGUCCGGGGCUGGAAGCAUCACUGUCACUAUCAACCAUCUACUUUAUAAAGACCAAAACAAAGUGGACAAUAGGAGACUUCUAGACACCAGGUGACAGCGCGUCGCAUCUCCUCCUCCUGAGUGGUCCACGUUCCUCUGGAGCCCAAAUCCGCCGGAUAGCGCACGAAAGCGUCUCAUCGACAUGACAGAAACGGAGACCAGGAACCAUCGCGCCGGAACGCAGCAGAAUGGAGUCGCCGCGGCCGAAGCCUCGACGGUGGAUGACGCCUUUGACGACACUUACACAGAGAAAGAAGGUCCCCGACCUCCGAUGAGGCUGGUGUGGAGAAAUAUCAUCGCGAUGUCCCUCCUGCACUUGGGGGCGCUUUACGGAAUCACGCUCGUUCCUUCCGCGCACGCGCUCACUCUUUUAUGGAGUGUAGUCUGCUACCUCAUCAGCGCUCUGGGUGUGACUGCUGGAGUCCACAGGUUAUGGAGCCACAGAUCCUAUAAGGCCUCUCUUCCCCUGCGAAUCUUCCUGGCACUGGGAAACUCAAUGGCCUUUGAGAACGACAUCUACGAGUGGUCCAGGGACCACCGCUCCCACCACAAGUACUCGGAGACCAACGCGGACCCCCACAACGCCAAGAGGGGCUUCUUCUUCUCCCACGUCGGCUGGCUGCUGGUCCGCAAGCACCCCGACGUCAUCGAGAAGGGCCAGAAGCUGGACGUGUCGGACCUGAGGGCGGACGCGGUGGUCAUGUUCCAGAGACGCCACUACAAGCUCUCCGUGGUGCUCAUGUGCUUCGUGGUGCCCUCCGUGGUGCCCCUGCUGUGGGGCGAGGCGCUGGCCGUGGGCUACUUCGUCCCGGGGCUGCUGAGGUACGCGGUGGUGCUCAACGCCACCUGGCUGGUCAACAGCGCCGCGCACAUGUGGGGAUACCGGCCCUACGACAAGUCCAUUUACCCGCGGGAGAACAUGCUGGUGGCCCUCGGCGCCGCGGGAGAAGGCUUCCACAACUACCACCACACCUUCCCCUUCGACUACUCCACCAGCGAGUACGGCUGGAGGCUCAACAUCACCACCGCCUUCAUCGACCUCAUGUGCCUGCUGGGCCUGGCCAGCGACCGCAAGAAGGUGUCGAAGGAGACGCUGCUCGCUCGCGUGCAGCGCACGGGCGACAGCAGCGCCAGGAGUGGCUGAGUGGCGCCGAAGCGGGAGCCGGGGACGGGACGUGGCGACGGGUCCAGCAGCGCUUCAGCGGCGGGGUGGUGAUUGACCAGCUUCUGAUUAUGACUUUAACCUUCCUCUCUCUGGCCUGACACUUGACCUCAGACGAGAUGAGUGUGUAACGUGAUCACAACCAAACAUGACGCAUGAAAAGCAGCAUUCACAGACUAAUUCACUGUAUCUUUUAUUUAUUAACCCGUGGCAGGUUAUUUAUUAUUAGUCUUUAGAGGUUUUAUGGAGACCCUCAGAAAUGUGAUUUCUUUACAGACCUAGUUGUCGGUUUUCACUCUUUUGAUUUAGAGAGUGAACUUUAUUCAGGAUAUCUAUUUUGCUUUAACCCGAGAUUGUCUUUAUUCUCACAUGUUUCACAGGCGUCUCAUUUGAACCUGAAAAGAGAGAGUUGCUCUCAUUUACUGUGCGUUCACUGCAAAUACACUCACUACCCCUCAGUUCAGGCCAGCGAGACAUGAGUAGGAGGUGCGUUUAGCUUUGUGCACUGUUAUCGUCACCCAGUUGCCUUAAGAGCAAGUUAAGUGAAUUACAGCUUCAAUCUAGAAUAGGCAACGCUUUAAUUAAGCUUCUAAUGAGGUGCUGAUCUAAAAACCAGGUGAAUGGCUCCGCGUCACUGCCAGCUCGUCACAUUGAGCUUUAACUGCGCUUCGUCUCGUUAAGAGACUUACUCCACACCUUCCUCAAAUAUUUUUUGGAAGUUACACUCUUUAAAGCUUUAAACCUUCUCCUCAAUCACAGCUGAAACUUGAAUAUCUAAAACCCUUUAUUUGUAAAGAUCAAACAAACGCGGUUCAUCUUGAACCAUACACAUGAAUUGUGAGAGAUCAAUAAUGAUGUUAUUUCCAAGGAAGUAUUUUAAAGUAUAAACUCUAAAAUAGCACAUUUUUCUGCUGUACAUAAAUAAACCAAAAUUUGUGUUUUGCAGUCACUGUUAUACUGAUUAUUCAAAUACUAUAAAAAAUGUAUGCAGCUUCUUUAUAAAUCAGUAAUUGGACGCUCCCAUAGCACUUUAUCUGACAGAUAACUGUUAAACUGUGUGAUCCAGAGAAUAAAACAAAUAAAAAUAUGAAAAUCAGAAA